AUGAAUACACAUUUUUUACUUUGGCUUAUUUUAUUGAUUUGUUAUAAGAAUGUAGAAUGUGUAAGAAAAAACAAGUUUUAUGAAAAAUAUAAGCCCCUUAAUUUUGUGAAUAAUUAUAAUAAGAAGAUAUAUAAAUGCUAUGGAAGAAAAAUAGCACAAAAAAGGAUAACUCGUGGUAAUAAGUUUGUGGUUCAUUUUUAUAAUAAGAAAAAUAAUAUAUUAUACGAAAUAAGAAAGAAACUUAUGUCUUUAGAAUAUGAGCAAUUAAAAAUUCCUUUGAAAAGUAUUUUUGGUUUAUUUAACAUAUUUGGAUUUAUGUUUUUAUUAAAUCAUUAUAAUUUUAUUAAUGACAUUCAUACAAGAUCUUUAAUAGAAAUAACAGAAAAAAUUAAUACAAAAAUUUUUUUAUUUAAUACAAUAAAUGAUGUUAUAAGAAAAUUACCAGAAGAAAGACAUACGAUUUGGAAGGUUGCUUUGUUUGCUCUUGGUCAUUUUUCUUUUCAGCUAAUUAUAUGUAAUGUAAGUUCAUUUAUUUUUUCUUUUUUUACAUCAAAUGAUAUUAAUAGAAAUGAAAGUGGAAAGGAAUUAAAAAAUAUAAAUGAAGAUUAUAAAGAUGAAGAAAAUUUUAUGAAUAAAGAAAAAAGCUAUAAAGAAAUGGAUAAAACAGAGAAAAAAGAAAAUUUACAUUCAAAUUAUAAUUUGAAGGAUAUAUUAAAAAAUAAAAUGUUAAAGAGUAUGUGUAUAUUAAAUCAUACAGGUUUUAUACCUAUGUAUAUUUUUAAUUAUAUAUUAAACAAAUUUAAAUUUAUAGAUAAGAAUAUAACCAUAUUUAUUAACUUCUAUCAUUUAUUAUAUAGUAUUAUGUCUAAGAUAUAUAUUCAUUUUUGUUUUAUUAAAAAUAAAGAAAAAAUUCUUUUUUCAUUUAAUAAAUUAAAAUAUAUCGAUUUAAUAAAAUAUAUUUUUUUCAAUACAUAUUCUUUAUUUAUAUCUAUAUCUCUAUUUCUAAAAUAUUUUAAAAAUAUAUAUACCAUAUAUGAACAACAUUACAAGCCUAUAUUAACAACAUUUCAUAGUAUAUUAAUACCUUCUAUAUUAAUAAUAUUAUCUAAUAUAUUAUAUCAAACUCAUAAUGUUAAAGCAUAUUUUUCGUUUAAGGAUUUGUUUUUUGUGCUCAGCAAUAAAUAUUUUAUCUUCCCUUCAGCGAUGUAUCUUAUGUUCUGUAUGAAUAAGCACUACCGAUUGGUGAAG